AUGAAGCUCUCCACGUCCUUCCCGCUCUUCGCCGCGUCCCAGGUCGUCCUCGCGCCGGCCGCCGCCGCGGCCUACAACCCCGUCGAGCUCAGCGGCUACGGCAAGUUCUCCGGAACCGUCGUCAACUCGACCCUCAGCGGCCGCGCCCUGCCCGCCCCCGUCGACGCCUGGCUGGGCAUCGACUACUCGACGCAGCCCGUCGGCGAGGGCCGCUUCAAGCCCGUCUCCUGGCCGGCGCCCUUCAACGGCACGAAGCCGGCGACGCGGUACGGCAAGACGUGCGUCCAGGACCCGACCUCGACCGACGUCGGCACCCAGGACGAGGCCUGCCUCAACUUCAACGUCUAUCGGACGCGCGGCAUCCCGCUCGACCAGAAGACGCCCGUCCUCGUCUGGAUCCACGGCGGCGCCUUCUACGCCGGCAGCUACCGCAGCUUCGACGGCGCCUCCUUCGCCGCCUCGUCCAAGGAGCCCAUCACCGUCGUCAACUUCCACUACCGCAUCAACUCGCUCGGCUUCCUGCCCUCGGCCCUCUUCGAGGAGGAGGGCCUGCUGAACCUCGGCAUGCGCGACCAGCACUUCUUCCUCAAGUUCGUCCAGAAGCACAUCGCCGCCUUCGGCGGCGACCCGGACGCCGUCACCAUCGGCGGCCGCUCCGCCGGCGGCCACUCGGUCGGCAUCCUCUACUUCCACAACUACGACGAGGACGAAGGCAAGCCCCUCUUCGCCAGGGCCAUCCACCAGUCCGGUUCCGUCACCGCCCGCGCGUUCCCCAACGCCACCUACCCGCUCUACAAGAAGCAGUUUGAGGAGUACAUGGCCUACAUCGGGUGCCCCGUCGACGAGGCCGACAACGCCGCCACCCUCGCCUGCCUCCGCGCCGCCGACAUCGACGCCAUCCGCAACAUCAGCACCAAGCUCUACUACGACUACGACCCGGCCCUGACCUGGCCCUUCCAGCCCACGCAGGGCGGCCCCCUGCUCGAGAAGUUCGGCUCGCAGUCGGGCUACGACGAGACCUUCUUCAAGGUGCCCGUCAUCACCUCCACCGUCACCGACGAGGCCAAGUACUACAUGGCCGGCGACAAGGAGACCAACGACGAGUUCCUCGACUACCUCCACAACAUCUCGCCCGCCCUCAACGCCACCGACCUCGACCUCCUCGCCGCCCUCUACCCGGACCCGGCCACCCACCCGGACUCGCCCUUCGCCAACUCCCCCAACAGCACCCAGUACAACCGCCUCUCGGCCGCCUGGAGCGACUACGGCUACAUCUGCCCGGGCCAGGAGACGGCCUACCGCGCCUCCCUCGCCGGCGUGCCCACCUGGAAGCUGCGCUUCAACACCAACAACUCGUGGCCCGAGUGGCGCGGCAUCCCGCACACCGCCGACACAAAGUACACCUGGGACGAGCCCGUCGUCCAGCACCCGGACGUCAGCCACAUCUACCACGGCUACCUGUCCAGCUUCGUCCUCUCCGGCGACCCGAACACGCACCGGUUCCCCGGCAGCCCCGAGUGGCCCAACUACGAGCCCGCCGGGUACGGGCUCGACUCGGAGCCCGCGCUGCAGCUCGUCGUCCAGCCCAACAACGGCACGAGGGUCGAGAAGGACGAUAUCCGCAGGGAGGCGUGCCUGUACUGGCGGGACCCGGAGAGGGCCCCUCGCUUGAACAAAUAG